AUGGUGGGGCUGGGAGCCUGGGAGCAAGUCUCAAGUCUCUUGGCUUUCAUCUCGAGGAUGGCUGGCUGCGACAGAGCUUGUCUGCCUCCUGGGAUAAGGUCUAUGCACAAGCAAACAGUGAGCGGAACAUUCGUGCUCCAGAUCGACGAAGUCAUCAACAUCUCAGAGCCGAAUGAGCACCGAUUGGCAGAUACGAGAGGAAGGAUGUUGAAACUACUUCUCACGGAUGGAACCGAAAAUAUUUGUGGGUUGGAGUUGAAUGAGAUCCGAGAUUUGAGCGUGAAUUCUCCCGCGGGUGUGAAAGUACUUGUCAAGGAUUUUGAGAUGAGACGCGGUGUGGCUCUAUUUGGUCCGCACAAUCUCUGUGUUCUUGGGGGUAUGUGCUCAGAUCUAGAGAAGAAGAGGCAAAAGGCCAUGGCCGAGCUGGAGAAAUCCAGGAAAAGACUUCAGUUGAUUGCAAAUGAUCCUAUGGACGACGAAAUCAGCCAUCAGGAGGAUUUUGAUGCCAACCAGCCAAGUCGGCGACGAGAAGUGAAUGCGUUGGCUCCAUCAGGGAGCCGAAUAUCUGCCAACGACUUCAUGAGGAGCCCGAAUCAGAACAGGGGCCAUGUGAUUGGUGAAACGGAUUGGAAGCCGAGGCCGAAGAACAACAGGAGCGACCUAGAGCACCUGCAGCAGCCAACGUACCAGCACCGAAGGAGGCGGACCGAUGUGAAGCUAUAG